AUGUCGAAAUUCUAUCUUCUUGCUCUGAUUUGGAAUUUGAUGAGCAGCUUGGUGACGUCACAAGAGAUGACUAAAGCGGAGAACAAAUCCCAGUGGAUCAAUCAAAACACAACAAUCCAUCCCCCAAUCACUGAGUUGACUCUCACGAUGGGUAUGCUGAAAUUGGUUGAUGUGGUCGAAGUAGAGGAGAAGAUAGUGUUUCUGUUCGACUACAUUGCUCAGUGGACAGAUCACAGGCUGAAAUGGAAUCCAUUGGAAUAUGGGGGCAUCAGUCAUAUGUAUGUGCCGCAGAAGCAGAUAUGGCUGCCGGAAAUUACAAUUGCGGAUGCUCAUGAAGUGAAAUUUUUCGAGUCUGAUGAUGCGCCGAGGACAGCAUGGGUUUUCAAAUUCCCACUGGAUGAACACGAAUGUGGAGUCAGUGUUCUAUUUCAUACGUACUUUCCCAAUGAGUAUGUCAUCAAGAGUGGUAUGGAACAGAUCGGGAAACCUAUGUCAGAACUGGGAAAUGGCGAGUGGAAGGUAACGUACGUCGGUGUCUCAGAACUGAAAUCAAAUGAUCCGAACUUGGGAUCAGUGCAAAGAUUUGUGGCAAGGUUCCAGAGAAAUCCUGGAUUUUAUGUGGCUUUGGUUAUGAUACCUGCGUUUUUCAUUAACUUGUUGUCAAUCAUUGCACUGUUUUUGAAUAUUGAGGAUAUUGGGGAAAAGAUUACAGUAGGCCUAACCAAUAUUAUGGCGAUGACUUUCAUUUUGGUAAUCUUAGCCGCUGAAAUGCCGAAAACUGCAAAAUUACCAUUGCUAGCUAUCUACGUGAUCGUAGGCUUAGUCAUUGUGAUGACUUCAAUUGUUGUAGCCCUUAUUCUACCAGGAAUUCGAAAAUAUCAAGAGAAGAAAAGGAAAAGUGAAGGAGAGGGGAAGACCGGCAAAGAGACAAGAAUCCAAAAACUUUACAAUUGGCUGAGAAUAGAAUACGUUUUGAUGUUCAUCUUUCAAGUAGCGAAUCUUGUCAAUUUUAUAAUUCUUUUCCUUUGA